CAGUCGCCAUUUCGAAUUCAAUGUUUUGCAGUUCUACAAUAGAUCAGUAUUUCCAUGUGUCAUUCAGCUAUAACUUUUAUAGAUACAAAUAAUUAUUUCAAAUAUCUUAACCUUAUAUGUAUUGAAGUAUAACUGAAAUUAUAUCUUGAUUAAUUGUUUGAUUUAAUCAGCAUAUUGUAAUUAAGCUGAGAAUACACAUGAAAUUGAAAUGAAUAGAACAGAAACAAUAGGUAGCCAAUCAACUACAGGCCAUUGUACAGCUCUCUUACAAAUAUGGUAUCAUUUCCGAGUUCCAUAUCAUGUUAUUAGUGAGUUCCAUCCGUGUUCCAAACAAAAACUUCAUUGUUUCAAUUCAUUCACUUCCGAGGCACAAAACGUCUAUUUCCGAGUUCUAGGAAUGCUGUUGUCCUCCACAGCGUCUGGAAAAUCGUUUCCAAAUCACGACAGAGAAGAAACUGGCAAUUUUAAGAUUUUAAAGAGACUGUGAUAAAACUUAGAAUUUUUAGGUUUCACUUUUUAAUUUAAAUAUUACUUGUUUCAGGCAACACUGUUUUUAGCUGUAUGUUGGAAAACUGACUGAGUUCUGUGCACCAAGGAAUUCAAUCUGGAUCUGCCUCUGUUGAGCUAAAGACCCAUUAUGUGGUUGUUUGGGCCCUUUAGUGAGAUCUUUAUGGUCUUUUCUUUACUUUGGCUUCCUCUUAAAUUUCGGGUGACGAUUUCGGCAGAAUAUUCACAAAAUACCGCCAAAUUGGCUUUUUAGGUAACUAUGUAAUGGUAUAUAGGUCAACUUUAAUUCAAAGAUCGUGACGACGAAUAUAACAAAGCCUGACUGCAAUUCAUCGAAUAUUUUAGGGAGUAAUCUCGGCUGUUUACAGGCCUCAUAUCUCCACAUCUCAUGUCAAAUAUUCCUUGGUGAAUGGCUUGUCACCUCCCGACCACGGAAGAUUUCGGCCAGCCGGGUAACUCUGUGUAAACAGGCCCCAAUACUGAAUGUUCUAAGGCUCAAACUGAAUGGCACCACCAGUAAAUAUGUGAUCGGCUGACCUGUCGCACUUUGCAAAAUGGCGGGCGGUUUGUUUUUGUAGCAAGAAACAUAUAUUCUUUAUUCACUUUUAAAAACUUUUAUUUGCCAAAUUUCGCAAAAAAAUGGAUACAAAAGGACAGCUGGAAGGAAAGGAUGCCUAUUCUAAUGGGUCUUUGGACGAAGACGAUGACACGACACCCUUCUUGAGCGCAACAGAAGCACCAAGUCCUGAGGAAUCAAGCGAUAAAUCCAUAACCAAAGAUCUUCAGAAGUCUCUUAUGCUAGAAAACUGGCAAACGUCAAUGCAUAUUCUGAAAGGAAACAUUGGAACUGGCAUACUUGGCCUGCCAGCAGCUGUUAAGCACUCUGGUUUAAUUGUUGGUCCAAUAUGCUUGGCUCUUCUUGCAAUCGUUGCUGUACAUUGCAUGCAUCUGUUGGUAAUCUGCAGCCAUGCCAUUUGUGUAAGAACCAAAAUGACAUCUUGCGAUUACGGGGAAGUCACGGAACAAAUUGUAAAGGAAGGUUAUGGUGCAAAGCAUGGAACGAGAGCAAGGUGCAUUCUAGACACGUUUAUAUGUGUCACUCAACUGGGGUUCUGUUGCGUGUACUUCGUUUUCGUUGCAGAAAACCUUCACCAGCUGUUCGGUUUAAUCGACGUUCGCUACUGGACAAUGGUGUGUUUUGCUCCUGUUCUUAUAAUAUCCCUUAUAAGGGAACUCCAGACAAUAUCCUACCUUUCAACAAUAGCAAAUGUACUUUGUCUUUUUGGACUGGUUGGUACCUAUCAAUACUUGUUUUUCCAUCUGAAGAAUCCCAACGAUUUCCCGGCUCUUGCGCCACCUAGAGAAUUUCCACUUUUCUUUGGAAUUGCUGUUUUUGCCUAUGAGGGCAUUGGAAUUGUGCUGCCAGUCGAGAACAAGAUGAGAAAACCUAAAGACUUCUUUUGGGUCCUUGACUUCAGUAUGGGCUUUGUCGCAUUGUUAUAUAUAACAAUGGGAUUUUUCGGCUAUCUAACCUUUGGAAAGGACAUUAAAGGGAGCGUUACACUGAAUUUACCACAACUUCCGUUCUACGUCAUAGUAAAAGCAUCAUACAUGAUGGCAAUAUUUUUCACGUAUUUCAUCCAGUUCUACGUGCCAAUGCAAAUAAUGGUACCUCCACUACAGAAAGGCAACGAGAAAUGCAAACUUGGAAUCGAUGUAUUCAUGCGAACAGCAAUGGUCACGCUCACUUGCGCUUUGGCAAUUUCCAUUCCACAAUUAGAUAACUUCAUUGCAUUGGUCGGUGCAGUUUCCAGUUCCUCUAUAGCUCUUGUCUUCCCACCAUUGUUACACAUUCUUUGUUUCUGGAAGUACGGCAUCAGCAAACUAGAAGUUAUAAAGAACAUUUUCAUAGCAGUUAUAGGGGUUACUGGCUCUAUCCUUGGGACGAUUCUAUCGGUGGAAGCAAUCAUUGAAGGGUUUCACAAGGAGCACCACGUGAAACCACCUGUCAAGGCCAAAGCACCUGGAGAAUUCUUUGGUGUUCUGCUAGCACAGUGGAAUUCAAGCGUAUGGUGGUAGCAUCUAGGACUGUUCGACUCUUUGCACAGAUCGAUUUACCGGUGUACGACUGACUGUUUUCUCCGAUGGCCGGAUCGGGUAACAAGAGCGGUCAAAUUCCAUACUUCAUUCGGUUGCUCUCUCGCAAGUCAAGGAACUGAUUCAAGUCCAUAAACUUAGGAAUGUUAUAGCAUUAAAAUUUACGGUUCACUUGAAAAAGAUUUGCAACUUGAACAUAAGUAUAAAUGAUAUAAUUGAAUCUACACUUUGAAAUAGAUAUUUCUAAAUUAAAUUCAUGAUGAAAAAGAUUAUCAUUGCAAAAAGAAAUAAACUAUUUUUAACUGGGUAUGGAAUAGGUGCGGACCGGGAUAAGUAAGCUGUUAUUGAGAAGAAUAAGCAUUGUAUAGUAUUUUUGAAUUUCAAUUCGUUUCUUUCCUAAAGGGAAACAUCCUAUCAAUCAGUGCCGUAGAGAGAAAAAUUUACAGGAGGUGCGAGAAAUUUAGAUUUUUUAAAAAAAGCUAAAAAGCGUUUUUUCCUAUAUUUGAACAUAACAUAACAACAUUAGUUCUGAAAUAAAACAAGAUGUAAAUCUUUAUCAUUUAUUCAAAUCAAGUGUCAAAUCAUGCGAAUUAAAGAAUGUUUUGUCCGUCUUCUCAUUAAAGCAUAUCUUAUUAAAAAAGAUUGCUAAUUUGUGUCAGAACUAAUAAAGAAGUCGUUUAAUUCAGCUUUAAAAUCUUUCCUUUCAAAAUGUAACAGUAAGAUACAAAACAGCAGUUUAGCUUUACAAGGGGGUUUCUCGCCCCCUUCGGCCCCUUCCAUCUACGCCAAUGCAGCCAAUUUUCCAAAAAAUAAUUCAUACGAAGCAACAGUUUUAUCUUAUGACCAACAGACACUAAGGAACAAUAAAUACUCAUCGACAUUUUUAUGUCUUUUACGAUGAUACUAGUCUUACUCACCACAAUAUUAUGCAAAAGUAAUUUUUAAGAAUAUUUCUUAAUUUUCAGUCAGAUUGAUAAAGACAAAAAAUUAUGGUUUUUUAUUUGCAUUUUUUAAGGUUUAAACCACGAAUAUGUAUUUGUACUUAUAUUUAUAUAUAUGUAUUUAUAUUUAUGAUAUAGGUCUGAGUUUACAGACCAAAGAGGAUGGAUCUGAAAAGUGA